GUGGUGCUAACAGCGCCAUUCAUGUUCCCGACAUCUCUGGAAGCAGGACGUGCUCUUCUGCGACCCGUGUUGUGAGACAGAUCGCCACGGCUACUAGUGUUGGUGUCAGUAAGUGAUCUUUACCGACCGUUAUCUCGGUGUUACUAUCAGUAGCGAUCUUCACCUGUGCGAUCACGGUACAAGAAACGUCAAGGACUUGAGUGUUUAGAAAGCCGGUACAAUUUGUGGUGAUCGAUUGUGGUAAAAAUCGUUCGCGAACGUCCCGUUAGACGGUUAGCUCUCUGGUGGAGGUCGGUGAAGGAGAGGUGCAGCAAAAUGCGGCAACGCAUUUGGAAGCGCUCCCGAAUAGCGCUGCUCGUGGUGAUAGUGCUGCUUGGUGGUUGCAUUCAUGUUGUGCAGAGUAUCUACGAUCCCCGUACGUCCGGCAACCAUCGCCAGUUCCUCGUGAUGCCGGAGAUGCACGGUGCCUACAGCCAAGUACAUCAUCACCGUGCACAGGAGCAAGUGGUCGUACCGCAGCAUGUGCGCGUCGAUCACUAUCAGUAUGCGCAGCCCCAUUCUCAACCGCAAAACAUCAUCCAUCCACCGCUGGUUCAGCAGAGUGGCCCAUCGGCACCCCUCUACCAGCCAAUGGUGCCCCUAGCACCGUACAGAUCAUGGCCAUCGAUUAAUUUCGCCCAACCUACCGUACCGCCACAAAUCCUUGUUCCAGCAUCGAGGGGAAACUUUGAGUCUGCCGGAAUCGAGGAUCAGCUUAUCGGUGAAACGCUUCCGAAACCGGCCGCCCUUCAACAUCCUUCGCUGCAUCCACUGUUGAAGGAUUUUAAUGGGCGUGAAUGUCCGAGCGCUCUGACCGGGCACUUUCCGUACAUUAUGGACUGUCGCCAGUUUCUGAACUGCUGGAAGGGCCGUGGAUUCAUCCAGAACUGUGCACCGGGAACGCUCUUCAAUCCGGAAACGCGUCAGUGCGAUCACCCAUCGAAGGUAAACUGUCUGCCGGUUCCAUCGCUGAACAGCUUCGAUGAUCUGGAGGCACGACCUUCGAAGCUGGCAGCGUACACCGAUCAAGGGACACAGCAACGGAAACCGGAAGCAGCCGAUACGUGCCCACCGGGUGUGAUUGGACUGCGACCCCAUCCGACGGACUGUCGUAAGUUCCUGAACUGUAACAAUGGUGCACGCUAUGUGCAGGACUGUGGCCCGGGAACGGCUUUCAAUCCGGCCAUACUAACUUGCGAUCACAUCCACAAUGUGGCCUGUGACAAUCGUCCGAACGUUGUGGUGGACUAUAGCGGCCAGCGAUCGACUCCUUCCACACCUUUGGCUCCUUUUCCUACUCGUGCGCGACCAGCGCCAUCAGUUCCUUUGGCACCUUAUCCCACUCCGGCGCGAAACCUUCGACCACCAUCGCAGCAACAGCAACCAGCUGCCUCGAAUGUUGCCCCGGUUGUGGUACCUCCCAAUCGUCCCGCAGGAACUGUGCGGACAACCACAACUACAACAUCGACAACACCAGCAACACCUUUAGAUCGCGACGUGGAGGAAUUCCAACCAGAAGAAGGAUCAACGAGUAAUAAUUAUGAUUAUGAAGGAUUUGAUUUACGUGGCAACUUUGAGGAUCCCGGAGUCGAUCGACGCCAACCGAAAGCAUCUCGGCCGGAAACGCAACAGCAACCCACCCAAGCCUACCCACAGUAUGUGCGUCCACCAACGAGGGUGCCACAGUCGUUGCAUCGUCCACAGGAACCGAUCGUUAGCACGACGACCACGCAAUCCACUAACGCCGAUCAGGAGCAACAGGCGAUCGACAUUCAGCAGCACAUGGAAGCGUUGAAGAUGAUGUUGUCCCCGUACCUAAAGGAACACCAGAGCAAGGUUGCGCUGAACGUAACGAAGCUGAGCACGGUGAUGACAACGACCACGACAGAGGAACCUCCUGUAGUGCACGUGAUAGGACUUCCGGCAGAAGAUACCCCGCCGAUCGAUGCGCAAAAGAACGGAUCGACUCCAUCCGCCAGCUACGUCGCUUUGCCGUCACCUCGCGAGAUCAACGAGUUCUUCUACGGCACUUCCCAGGGAGUUCCGUUGGCACCGUGGCCAGCACAACCACCGCCAUACACCAUCCACCAACCGACCACACCGCAAUCGGUUGUCUAUCCGAUCUAUCGACGACCCAGCACCACCACCACCAGCACCACCACAACGACCGCAGCUCCGCAACCGGCAGUCCCAUCGAUCCGUAGCCGUUUCGGUGAUAGCCGGCCGGAUCCGAAACAGUGGCGUCCGUUGAUUCAGCCACACGCGACAACCACGACCACGACGACGACGACGACACCGGAACCAACCACUCCGAAGAGGGAUCCUUGCUACGGGAAGUUCGAUUGCGGUAACGGUGUGAGCAUCGAGGAGGCCGAGGUAUGCGAUGGACGCGAUACCUGUGGUAACCGGGCCGAUGAGAUGGAUAAGGUGUGCGAGCACAUCGGUUACGAGCUGAAGCUAU